AUGGGGGUGCAUUUAAGGCAAAGCCCAACUUCCGUGCCACAAGAGCCGGUUAAAGCGUGGUGGUCGAAGCGUAACGAGCGCGCGUGGGGCAAGCACACUAGGGUUGCGGGACGUCGACGGCAAUAUUUGGGGCUUAGCGAAGCCGUGAGAACAAUUUAA